UAGAAACUGGAUCUGAGGCUUACAAGUCCGCAGCUGAAAGACGUAGCCAAUAGCGUAGAUCCUCCCUCGACUGACAGCUAAGCAGGGACGGGAUGGCGCAUUAUUGGAAGACUCGUCAGCGCCGAAGAAAGACAGUCAAACUAUUGAAUGGAGCAAAGAAUAGCCGAGCCGAGGCGAGCUCAACCUUUGAUUAUUAUUAGGAGCUCAUCUGAAGGGGCCAGAAGUCUUCAGAUCGUGAAACAAAAGCACCAAGCGACGUGACAAGAUCGCCCCUUAUCUGCCCCUGAAUUAAAGUGUGGGGAGCUACCUGGACCCUGGGUUUGAGCCACAGUUCUGGACCAAGUGUGGAGGCGCACAGCCACAGCUUUAUCAUGACUCUCACCGCCUCUGAGAUAGUGCCCCGCUGCAACAUUUUUUGACUGGCAGAAAAAUUGGUGAAGCGCGCAAGAUCGCUCAAACGACACGCCUUAGUAUCAAAGACAGAUACACAGCAACAGUAUGUCUGAUACGGAGAAAACAAACCUGACUCCCGCUCCUGCGGCGGAGAAGACUCUUGGCAUGCGCAAGAAUGGCAAGCAAUGGCAUGCCCCCAAGAAGGCCUUCCGACCUACCGCUGGCUUGAAGUCAUAUGAGAAGCGAACGCAAGAGCGUGCUCUCAUGGCGCAAGUCAAGGCCAAGGAGAAGGAGAUGAAGGACGAGAAGGAACAGGAGCGCCAGCGCAAGAUUGCAGCCAUUAAGGAGAAGCGAGCAAAGAAGGAGGAGGCUGAGCGAUACGAGAAGAUGGCCGAGAAAAUGCACAAGAAGCGAGUCGAGCGACUAAAGCGCAAGGAGAAGCGAAAUAAGCUGAUCAACUCAUGAUCGCGGGAUGGUUUUGGUGGUUUAAAUUUGAUUGGAGCAGACAUAUAUCGACAGCAUUAUGAUUUACGAUGCGGUAUACCUCAGACUACAACUUGCGACGGAAAGAUUAGGUUAGACAAUACGGGAGCAGCACAAUAUACCUGGGCGUUGGAAUAUGCGAUCAAAUCUUGGCGGAUCAAUUACCAGGUUCUCCGGCCAUCGAGUGGUUAUUCGUCUUCGUGUAAUUAAAGGUUUCUAAAUCUAAUAUGUAUCAUCGAUUCAUAAACCGGCUGGUUCGGGACUGAGUCGAGCUCUAACUGAGAUUCAUUUGCUGUAGGAGAGCCAACCGAUAUCUUCGAAAGACAGCAAGUGACAUGAGGUCCACAGAUCUAAAACGUCGAGUUGACGAAACCAACAAACGUGAAUAUUCUAGUAGAGCCAUCUACUGGUUUCUUUGGGGAUUUUGGUCUUAGUUAAAGACCUCCGUUGUGGAUAUCGUGGUGACUAUGAC